UUUCCAUCUCUAACAAUUAUUUUUAGCGUAGCGCUUGUGCUUUUUCAUUGUGAAUUUUAAUGUUACAAAAUGAAGGGCAUGGUUAUAGUACCUAUGGACCUGGAACCCGGUUUCCGCAAGGCAAGCUAUCAUAAUAUACCGGCGGUAAACAGCGGAAUGGUGUAUAAUUUUUGCCUAUCCACUGCCUCAGAGAAAUCAAAACAAAUAGCUACGGAUAAAAAUGAUCUCUUAACGGAUUAUGUUCAAAUGCGUCGAUAUGGAAAUCAUUGCGACCUAAAAGGACUUGUCUUCCCUGCCGCUGAUUUCGCCAACACGGAAACCCAUGCUAAUGUGGCGCUAAAAGUCGUGGAAAAUGAGCGGAUAAUCACGAAUGGCCAGUGCAGCCUGUGCGGCACAGCUGGUACUUGUGCCCACAUUGUGGCCUUUACUUUCUGGCUACUUAACAAGAGCACAGAACGAAAUCCCUGUGCUGUGUUGGAAUUUUGGGGUCACGAACUGGAAAAUCUGGUGAAAUCAGGGCCUGCAACUGCCACUCGCAUUUGCGAUUUGAUACCAAAGGACGAUGUUCGAAUUGAGAGCGUACAUAAUUCUCAGGAGCUAAGUGCUAGCGAGGGACAGGCUUUCCUGGAGACUGUUCUAGAGGAACUGGGGAUUUGUGGCAGGGACUCGGCGCUCUAUCGCCAAUGUGUGGAAACCACCGAUGAAUUCGAGCCCCUAUUUAUUCACCAUGUGCUGCUUCGAACCGCAGAAUACAACGUCGUCGAUCUGCCCAGCUUCAUACAGCACAUGGAACUGCAAGCUCAGAUGGGAGUCAUCGAGAGCCUUUACGACGCAACGCGAAGCCAGUACAAAUCACGACUGUGGGUAGAGGCACAGUACAUGCGAAUCCGUUGCUCCAUGAUGCACUUGAUUAUUAAUCGUAAAAGUGACCAAGACGAUGAUCGGAUCUUUAAUAUGAUGUUCUGCAAGGGACGGGACAAAUACAACGAGGAUCGUAUGCAGCACAAAGAGCACAAGCGAUUCAUAUUGAAACAGACCGAGAAACUGGAGAACAAGAAGUAUACCGAAUGUGGCCUUAUUUUGCAUGAAUGCUACCCAUAUGUGUGCGCUGCUCCUGAUGGCAUUACUGACGAUCACAUUGUCGAAAUCAAAUCGCCAAGGACUGAAGAGGACUUCGAAAGGUACCUUGAGGCUCGCGAAUCUAUAGCACCCAAGUACAUGGCCCAGAUACAGAUCCAGAUGUUUGCAGCCAACGUGCAAAAAGCACUCUAUUGUGUGCUGAGUCCGACGUUCGAAAUUAACGGUGCUCUGCACUACGUUUGGGUACAGGCCGAUCAGGAAUUCGUGACUAGUUUGCUUGCCAUGACCGAGGAGUUCUGGCGUGAUGUUGUAUUGCCCCGCCUAAUCAACAUGUACCCUUCGUUCGGUUAAUAAAGAAAGAGCGAAAGAAUUAA